AUGGAAUGGCAUCCCGCCUCGCUCUUCCGGACAGACACCGUCCCAGCAAACCCGUUUGCGAUUCUGGUGCUGAACCAGCCGAUUAACGAGAGAGCGUUUGACGCUGUCCGGAGACAUGCAUGCUACACGCUCCUCGCCGACGGCGGCGCAAACCGCUACUAUGACCUGGCGCAAUCACGCUCGGCCGCGACCACCGACGUACUCCUCCUCCUCCUCACCAGCCUCUCUCUGAUGUACAUACACAUAUCUAAUUUCUUUUUAAAACACUUGCAGCUCCCAUCCUGCAUCCUAGGCGACCUCGACUCGAUCCAGCCACACGUACGCGCACACUACGCCGCACACCACGUUCCAAUCCUACACGACUCCGACCAAUACUCCACCGAUUUUCAGAAAUGCACUCGAUUCCUGCGCGCGCACGCCCACGCCAUCAUGGAGCGCGAGAACCCGACUCUAUCAGACAACCAUGAUUUAUACAUGACCACUCAUCGUCGUCGUCGUAGCUCGGGGCACAAAAAAGAUAGUAAUAAUAAUAAUAGCCCAAAAAGAUUAGACGUCGUCGUGCUCGGCGGGCUGGGCGGGCGUGUCGACCAGGGCUUCUCGCAGAUUCAUCAUUUGUAUGUGGCGCAUGCGCAACGGCACGAGAUUUCUUCCACUGGCAACUCUGCUGAAGAAGAAGAAGAAGAAGAACAACAACAACAACAAGAGGACAUAUUUGGCGAGCUGUAUCUUCUCUCCGAGGAGAGUUUAUCCUUUAUUCUCUCGCCGGGGAAGCACACCAUCCACACCCCGCUGACGCACCGCCUGGAUCUACCAGAGCAAGAACAAGAGCAAGGGCAAGGGCAAGAAAACAUUCUCGCGGAAAACGUCGGCGUCAUACCCCUCGCGGGCCCGACAUUCAUCUCCCUAACUGGUUUUGAGUGGGAUGUCACGCACUGGAAGACCGAGAUAGGCGGACAGCUGUCCACGAGCAACCAUAUCCGCGCGCCGCAACUGCAAAUCGACGUAGAUACGACGGUGGGUCGGCCGGUGUUGUUCACGGUCGAGUUGGCGGCGGGGUUUAAAAAGGGGCCUGUUUCGAGGUGA